AACAACUCAACCCAAAUCAGCCAGUUAGUGAGUUUAGUUUGUGGUGUUAACAUGCAAUAUGGCUGUGCUCGCGUCAAACUUAAGUGGACAUAUACAGAAUCAGUUGACCAAGUCGUUAGAGCGGAUCUUAGAGGACGCUAAUCAAAGUGGUGAAUUGAAAUUGAGCAACCGGAAGCUGAAGGAUUUCCCGAAAGUCAAGUACAACCUAAGCGACACAGUCAUCGCAGAUCUUUCGAAGAACAGAUUCAGCGAGCUACCAGAAGAGGUGACUACUUUCUUCUUCCUCGAGAGAUUGCAUUGUUACCACAAUGCCAUUAGGUAUAUUCCCGAGAGCGUUGGCAGUCUUCAGUCCCUGAGUUAUCUGGAUUUGAGCCGAAAUCAACUUACUUCCUUGCCCAGGGAAAUAUGCCAAUUACCAAUACAGAUACUUCUGGUAUCCAACAAUAGACUGACAUCACUUCCGGACGAAAUGUGCCGAAUGAAUCAAUUGACUGAACUGGACGCUUCCUGCAACCAACUUACGCAUCUUCCACCGAGAAUGGGCGAACUGAGUCAAUUGCAGUCACUGAUCCUUCGUGCGAAUCUGCUGCUCUGCGUUCCCGUCGAACUGACGUUCCUUCAACUCGUCAGGCUAGACCUGAGGGCAAAUAGAAUUGGAAAUCUUCCAGUCGAAAUGCGAGACAUGCAUAGUUUAAUUGAACUGCUCGUCGAGGAUAAUCCAUUAACCAGUCCACCGGCUAGCUUAUGCAAACGAGGUCGAGUACAUAUUUUUAAAUAUUUGGAGAACGAGGCGAUCAAAUUGGGUCACAAAAUAGGUCUGAAUGGGACUGGUACCUUGGGAAGAAGACCCACCAGAAGGUCAGUGGGAAAUUAUUCGAGUCCGGUGCCACCAUCCCAUAUUCCGGAAAGACUGAAGAAACGACAGAACGUGGACAGUGGCUACAGCACAAGCAGUGAUGACAAAAGAUGGUCACAAGAACUACCAGGUGAUUUGGAUAAAUGGUCAUCGACUCCAAUAGCGAACCGUUCCGUAGAUACCAACGCGGCGCAUUCAGCAAAUUCAACGCCUUCCACUAUCUCACCUGGCCCUGAUACAUCCUUGGACGACGAACUUUCCAAAUCAAGCUUUUCAACUGACGUUUGCGAUAAAAAGGAUACGAACAAUGCAAGACUAAGCCCCUGCAUUGAUAACAGCGUAACAAAUGGAAAUGCGGAAGAUAAGAGGCCGCUCCAACAAAUACAAACUUACAGGGAGUAUAAGGAGGCGUUGAAACAACAAAGGGCGCAGGAUAUAGGGUCGAUUUAUCGUACCAAAGAGAACGACGAACACGCAUACAAAACGGAACCGAAUACUCCGACUCACCAACCCACUCCAACACGUACAACGAUGGCCACUUCCAAAUCGGAUCCGACUCCACUCAAUGCGGCAUUAGGUAGUCCUAAGCAUAUAUUCGAUGAUACUAGCCCGAAGAAACCAGUCCAGAAGGUCACCCCUUCGAGGAUGUGCGGUGGUUUUUCUCCAAAUCACACGCCUUUGAAUGGAAACGGCAUGGAUAAUGGUAAAAAGUAUAUACAAGAUUACGUAAAGCCCAGUUCCCCGGUAAAAGUUGUUUCUGGAAUCAUGUCACACGAUAACGUUCCUGUUUCCAACGGUGUUAUUACCAAUGGAAAGCCAAGUAGUCCUAAAAUUAACGGAGCAACGAAAUCUAAUGGAGUGAAAACGGCUGGCAGGUCGAUCAGCUGGAACAAGGACAUGCCUCCCGAGAAGAUGACGUUCACAAUGCGGAGAGAAAUUGACAAGGCACGCGAGGAAACAGAUCUGAUCAACCAAUUGAGACACAUCAUCGAGACUAGGUUAAAAAUGACGCUGCCCAACGAUCUGGCGCCGACGCUUACCGAUGGUGUUGUUCUAUGCCACCUCGCCAAUCAUAUAAGACCAAGAUCUGUAGCCAGUAUACAUGUACCAUCUCCAGCUGUUCCGAAACUCACCAUGGCAAGAUGCAGAAGAAACGUGGAUAAUUUUCUAGAAGCCUGUCGGAAAAUUGGUGUGGAUGAGAACCUAGUUUGUUGCUCGUCAGAUGUUUUAGAGGGUCGAGGAUUGGUGCAAGUUGCCGUUACUGUUGUCGAACUUUUAAAGUUUCAUUCACCGAGGUCCCCACUUCACAGUGCGUCUUCAAUCGUCUAAAACUUGACCAAAGUUAAGGUUCCACACAAUUCGUUGUUGCUCAACAAAAAUACGAUCUCCGAAGAAAAUACAUUUUUCAGUCAUUUUUGUUUUGAUUUUUUUUUUACUUUUUUUUUACGUAAUUCCAAUUUCGAUGUAAAUAUAUUCAAAAGUGAGAUAUAAUCCCUUUCAGGAAGGAAGGAAAGAAGAACCAUUAACUGGAGACCAUGUACUUCUUCAUUGCAGUGCUGCGAAACGCUCAACAGUUGCCUUCAACAUAAGCAAUGACUGGCCUAUUUUUAACUUUUAAGAUAUUCAGUUAUUAUUUGGUUUUAAUUGAACAUAUCACUCAUAAUUUAAGUUUUAGG